UUAAUUUCAUGAUGCAUCUGUGAGUUGAGGCAUUAAAGCACUAGAGCCGUCUGCGGGCUAUUUAUCUGUAUUUACACGGAUGUCCAAUUCGCGAGUGAAUCGUCUUUUGAACCGGUUCUUUUUAGUGAUUCGAUCGAACCGAUUCCCACAGAGUUCGUAAGCGACUUGACCGUGUAAGGGAGAACUUUUAGUGGAUGACAUGAUUGAAUCAUAAACAAUCUAUAAAACUAAAAAAAAUGAAACUUAAAAUGCAGCUUUUUGAGUGUCGCCACAAACGACUCGGCGAACUAGCUCUUUGAAUCAAACCGCCCGAGAGAACCGAUUCCCUCAAACGAAUCGAACUUCAGAAUACUAUUUAUCCAGACAGUGUCUGUCAGUUAUUAUCACAUCGUAACAGAACAGGGGUAUCACAGGCUGGGUUACAGCAGAUGGCAUAUGGUUAGCAUUAAAGAGCGAGGUGAGAGAUGACAGUGCGACGCAGUCUGCAGCGUGCCGCAUUCACUCGCGCGCUCUCUGGCCUUGCGCCCGCGGUGCGAGUCAGAUAUAUCGGCCUGUGGCCUGUAUGUGCUCGCCAGUUGCACUUUCAUAAAGGAAACGUUGAGCUGGUCGCCACUGGGCAGUUCACAGUCUUCAAACAGCCAUUAGGAUUUAUUAAAGUCUUACAAUGGUUCUUUGCCAUCUUCGCGUUCUCCACCUGCGGCGGUUACUCUGGAGUGUUACGUCUGAGCGUGGAGUGUAAGAACCGUUCAGAGAGUGACCUGAACAUUGAGGUUGAGUUUGACUACCCAUUCAGACUGCACCAGGUAUGGUUUGAUGCUCCUACGUGUAAAGGGCCGGAGCCUGAACGGCUAUUUCUGGAGGGAGACAACUCUUCCUCUGCUGAGUUCUUUGUCACCAUUGGUGUCUUUUCCUUCCUUUAUUCAAUGGCAGCCAUUUCUGUGUACAUCUUCCUCGUGGAGAAAUACCGUGAGGGAAACAGAGGAGCUCAGGCUGUGAUCACAUAA